UCUGUGGCACGUUGCAGCCAUUGCGGUUUUCAUUUGUCAAUCAAUACGGUACUCGAAAUUUUUAAUUGUGCAGUGAACAAAAAUCAAAAUGCUGAGGUCCGCAUCUGGCGCUUUUAUCAAUGUACUUAAAAAGUCGGUACUCCCCACAUCCAGGGUCUGUGCCAUCGUGCCCACCAGGUUCUCUCACGAUGGUCCUGUUGAAUCCGACGAGGAAUUCGAUAACAGGUAUGAAGCCUACUUCAACAGGAAAGACAUUGACGGAUGGGAAAUCCGCAAAGGCAUGAAUGACUUGUGCGGUAUGGAUUUGAUUCCCGACCCAAAGAUCAUCAAGGCUGCGCUACACGCCUGCAGGAGAGUUAAUGACUUCGCUCUCGCCGUGAGGUUCCUCGAGGCUUGCAAGGAGAAGUGCGCAGGCAAAGUUAACGAGAUUUACCCCUACAUCCUCCAAGAAAUCAAGCCCACGCUCACCGAGUUGGGCAUCAACACUCCAGAGGAACUUGGAUAUGACAAACCUGAAUUAGCACUGGAGAAAGUAUACUUCAUGUAAAGAUGUGGGUGAUAUAUUAAAUUGUAGAAUAUUUGUA